CUGGAUGAUCAUAAUCUGUCUGAGGAACAGAAAUGUUCUGAAAGAGGGAUCGUGCCUUACCCACUCUAUGCAGCGGUGGAUUCAAACAAAGUAGAUGAUGUUACUAAGAAAACCCACUCAGAUGCCUGGUUUGAAUUUACUCCACAUGAGGCUGGAUUCUUUGACCCAGGUGCAUUUGUGGAUGUGACUCUUCUUGGAAGCAUGUUUGAGAAUGGCGAACUGAAGACACCUAAGGAAGAAAAGAAACUGACUUAUCUGAGAG